AUGUCCACCUCUUCGCUGCCAUCGUUGCCCACUUCGUCCGUUCUCGCUGUUGCCGGCCAACCUUCGCCGUCACUGGUUGGGCGCGCGAAGAAGAGAUCUCCUAACCUUUGGCUACCUUUGAGCCCCUUCCCGAGUUAUAGCUGGGAUGUACAGGAUCUCGAGAACUCUCAAGGCAGUCAAUCCUCAACAACUACCCAAUCGCAAACCCCUGAACUUUCAUGGGAUUCGCAGCCUACCACGGUCACGUUCGGCGAACCUCAAUUGAAGUCGAUCUUCGAAGACUGGGACGACGAAGACGAUGACGCAGCAGAACCGAGCUGCAAGGUCGUUAUCGAAGAGGAUGGGGUUCAGACUCUGCUGCUGACACCCGCGAGUCCAUUUUUCCACCAGCCACCGUCUCCUAGACCUUUCGGAUAUGAGCCAUUCUCAAGAGGAUUCCAUGCCGCCGACGUACCCAUCCGACAAGAGGAAACGCGCAGCGAGGCCCCUAGUUCUUACGUUACCCUCACUCCAGCCAUGUUCCAUCUUGCGCCACAGCAACCUGAACCGUCACCCAAAGCUCCGAGGGGCCGAAUGCUAUUCAUAGACACGAGUUCCCCGGCAAGGAACAGCUUCUUGUUAUCGGCCUUCAUUUACUCUGCACCAUCAAUGGAUGAUAUCCCGUCUUGGGCGCCGAAACAGCUGCUCGGAGGGCCCGAUGUUCCCCUUGAGGUGGACUGCAUGUAUUCCGCGAGUGGCGUUAGCCCAAUAGAUCACUGGGAGGAGAAACUGUGGUCACCCAUCAUCGUCGGUCCACAAGCACGCACAGCCCCUUGCUAUUGA